AUGCUCCCAACAUCGCUCCUAAUGCUCACCGCGAGCCUUGUUACGCCCAUCAUUGCGGCGACCGCGCCAUCUUGCGUCGCAGGCCCGGAUGCGACAGGCUACGCAGCGCAAAAGCUGCCCUACCUGUACAACAACCUUUGCAAAGAGCUGUCUACAGCGAACUUUGGCACCAGGGAGAAGCUCUAUGACGCGCCAGUGAUCGCAUUGAGCUUUAGUGCCCGCUCAGUAGGAGAAUGCUCUCUCGCGAGCUGUCUCAUUGGCUUCAAAACGCUGGUUGAUGGCUGCGACAGAGAUGACAAGUCCAUCUGGGGCAGCGGCAGCUUUGAGUCCAGCUGCGGCGUCUUCUCCUUCUCGGUCUGGGCACCCGAGGCGACAGCCUCUCUCGGGAAGCCCCGGGCGACACUCACCGCGGCGACGAUGAAGACUUACGACAUCGCUUCCCUGCUGGCGUCAACAUCCACCUCUCGGCAAGCAUCGACAUCCAGCUCCCGGUCGAAACCGACGUCCUCCGCCUCAAGGUCCAGCUCCCGCCCAAGCAGUACCCCGUCCCCGACAUCAACAUCGUCCUCCGCACGCAUGACUUCGUAUUCAGCGCAGCCCCCGACCACCACCACGCACGCCACCCUGACGAGUACCUAUGCUAAGUCGAACUCGACCUCGGGCCUCGCAGGCUACAACUCGACCGCGAGCGCGACCUCGACCUACAUCGGCGUCAUGGGAACCGGCAGCCAGACUGUGCCGGGGACGAAGCCCGACGUCGGCGACGGCACCGCGAACGUGGCGAAGAGCGGCGCGGGCAUGAUCCGCGUCAGCGGACUGAGCCUGGUCGCGGUCGCUAGUGUGUUUGGCGUCUUCCUCUAG